AUGGCUGACUUGGCGAGAAGGAAGAAGGAGGAUGCGAUUCGCUUGAAGGCGUGGCUGGAGCCCCACCUGCCCAGCAUCAACCGCCUGCAGGCCAUCCUCCUGUGGCUCGACACCACUGGUCAGGUUCAAUUCGUGGUCCUUUGUGUUCUGACCCACAUGGCGCUCGGGCUGGGCGCGCACCUGGCCGAAGGGGUGACGCUGCCGGCGGUGGUACCCUACGCGCUCGGGCUGUACCUCCUCGCCCGCUACGCCGUCGUGGCCGCUCCCAUUCCCUGGGAGUCCAUUCUGGCCUCCCUACGCACUCGACGACAUCGUGCAGGCGGUCGUGUCGGCGCAGCACUUCGUGCUCACCGUCUACUAUGA